UUGUACGUGAUAAAUGGUCAGGGUGGUAUUAAACAGGAGUGCAAAGCUAGUGAAAACGCCGAUACUUGCUUGAUGCAUUUAUUCAUGAUCGGUGAUCCCGAUUAUAAAUUCCCCGAAAAUAUGGACAACAUGGAUAAACAGUGCAGAACAUAUAAAACUCACGAGAAAUGCAUUAAAGACUAUUCGACUAAAUGCUUGAAGACUUUUCCCAAACAAGUGACUAAUGUCAUGGCGUAUGGUGCUUCGAAAACAAAUAAGGCCUACUGUUCCAGUAGGCGCCGUAAGGAGUCGUAUAUAGCCCUUGGAAAGUGCGGUAAUAAAUUGAAACCUCAAUUUGACAAAUGCAUGCGAGCGUACGUGGACAGCUUACUAGCAUGUCUACGGGAUCAUAUGGAGCGCCAGGGUCCGCCCCUGUGUCCCGAUAGUAACGUCGAGGAAAUGGAUAAUCUAGUGGACGGUUACGCCAGCGAAGUCUUAAGCCUUGUUUGCGGCGAUUAUACGGAAGAGUCUGACAAAUGCGUCAAAUUGCUGCCUAAAACGCCCAAAAAGUUGCCGGCUCAAAAACAACCUAAAUCUAUCCUACCGCCAUUUAUUAAUAUAUUGAGUGCGGUGCCGAAAUAA